AUGAGCAGUAAGCUAGCAGGUAUUGUAGGCCAGACUUGCGUUACCGGUCGAUAUGCCCAUAUUAAUGUUGGAUGCAUAUCAAAACGAACAAUUAGCACAUCCACAGAUGAAAUUGUAUCAGUUGAGACUGUUCCUAGUAUUAUGGACAAGAAGUUUGAAAUUCCAGAGAAAUCAGUCAUUUUUAGUGGAAUCCAACCUACCGGAGCUUUUCAUUUAGGGAAUUAUUUUGGAGCCGUUCGCAAUUGGAGAGAUUUUCAAAACAGAAUUGAGAGAGACAACAUAGACUCUAAGCUACUUUUCUUUGUGGCCGAUUUACAUUCGCUUACUGUUUCUCAGGACUUCAACACACUUUACCGCAAGAGGAUUGAAGCAUAUGCAUCUUUACUAGCAUGCGGCCUUGAUCCACACAAGGCAACAAUAUUCUUCCAGUCGGAGAUUCCAGAAAUUCCAAAACUGCAGUGGAUAUUGUCAUGUAUUUGUGGUAUGGGUCAAUUGAACAGAAUGACCCAGUGGAAAUCAAAAGCAAACCUCCGGAAAGACGCAAACAUUGCCGAAGAGCUUGGAAAAGUCAAGCUUGGCCUUUUCACGUAUCCAGUUUUGAUGGCAGCGGACAUUCUCACAUUUAAUGCCACACAUGUUCCAGUUGGAAAAGACCAAUCACAGCAUUUGGAGUUGACACGUGACUUGGUGGAUGUUUUCAACCGGCAGACUAAGUCGGAUUUUAUGCAUUCACCAAUGACCCUGCUUGCACCAACAAUGAAAGUUCUCUCAUUAAAGAAUCCAGAAAAGAAGAUGUCCAAGAGUGAUUCCGAUGAGAUGUCCAAGGUGUUUAUUACUGAAGAUGCAAAGAGCAUUAGAAAGAAGUUCAACAAGGCGCUCACUGACUCGAUAGAAGGAAAAAUAACUUACGAUCCAGUUAAAAGACCAGCAGUGUCUAAUCUUAUUGCAAUUCUGGCUGCAGCUGAGAGUAAGCCAAUAAAGACAGUCGCAAAAGAAGUGCAAGAUUUCACGAAGAAGGAGCUAAAAGAUGCUGUUUCUGAAGCUGUGAUAAAGGAGCUUAAAGGGCCUGCCGAGAGAUUCAACCAAUUGAUGAAAGAUCCUGUUGGAUUAGACAAGUUGAGCCGCUUAGGAUCCGAAAAGGCCCGUUCGCUUGCCUCAAAGAACUUGAAGGUUAUUUCACACCUCACUGGAAUGGGAUGGUGGUGA